AUGGCAAAGUCUUACUUUGGCCCUGGCAGAGACGACAUCCACCUGGAUGAUGUGCAGUGUAGAGGAACUGAAUCUUACCUGUGGGACUGUCAGCACGCCGGCUGGAGCACACAUAACUGUGGACACAAUGAGGAUGUCAGCGUCAUCUGUUCAGUUACGUCUUCUGCAUCCACUGUCAUCACAGAGGAAACUGCCACAUCGGCUCCCGAAAUCCCAACCACAGUUUAUAAAGCCUCCUCAGGUAGCACAGGUGCCUCCUUUGCUUCCACCGCCGUCACGGAGGAAAGCAAGACAUCAGAAAUCCUGACUACGCUGCAGACAGAUUAUUCUGUCACAGCAACAGACGACUUGAUCACAUCUGCCCCAGUCACAGAGAGUACUGAGCCAUUAACAACUCCAACAUCGCUGUCUACGCUGAGCGGAGCAGAUACCUCCGCUCUGUCCCUGCGACUGGCAGACGGUGACAGCGGGUGCUCGGGCCGCGUUGAACUCUAUCACAACGGCAGCUGGGGAACGGUCUGUGACGACGCCUGGGAGCUGGCGGACGCCAAGGUGGUGUGCAGGAGGCUGGGGUGCGGAGAAGCUCUGCUAGCUGUGUCCGAAGCCCCGUUUGGUCCAGGCUCUGGGAACAUCCUCCUCGAUGACGUGCAGUGCAGAGGGGAUGAAGACGACCUGUGGGAGUGCUCCCACAGAGGGAUCGCUGUCCAUAACUGCCAACAUAAAGAGGAUGCCAGCGUCGUUUGUGCAGACAUGUCCCUGAGGCUGGUGAACGGAGGGGACGUGUGCUCUGGGCGCCUUGAAGUCUUUCACAACGGGAGCUGGGGAACCGUCUGCAACGAUGGUUGGAACAUGAAGGAUGCCACGGUUGUGUGCAGGCAGCUGGGCUGCGGAGAUGCUGUUUCAGCCAAAAUCGAUGCCUUUUUUGGGGAAGGCACAGGAGAUAUUCUCCUGGACAACGUGGAGUGCAGAGGGGAUGAGUCCUCCCUGGAGCAGUGCUCUCACAGGGGGCUGGGCACGCACGACUGCUACCACAAGGAAGAUGCUGGUGUUAUCUGUGAAGAUCUGCAUCAUAUUUAUGUGAAGUUUAUUGAGGAAAAUGAAGAAAAUUCCUGCCAGCUGAGGAUGCAGAAGGAAAUUGUUUUGAUGGAGGUUCUGGCACUAGAUGAAUGUCGUGUGUCUGAUCCUAGACGUCAGUGUAGGCUGGCAGGCCACCGCAUCUUUGUGGACUCAGCUGUUGCUGGUCCAAGAGAAAUCCCUCUGGAGCUUACCACACCUGAAGCAACAGGUACGGAGUACUUCAGUGUUCGUUUAUUUAUCUCAGGUUUAGUCAAAUACAACUUAUCCCGCAGCGGAGUGCUGACUCCCCUGGACUUCAGCAGCACUGAGCCGAAAUUUAUGCUCUCUCAGAGAUCCUUGCAAGCUGUUUGUUGUUGUUGCUGUUCUUCAGCAGGUGUACCUCGCUGUGGUGCUUCGUUUCAUGAGCUCAACAAAGCAUUAAGGAUUGAACUAAAUGCAAACGCAAACUGCGUCUGGCAAAUUCAGAGGAAUGCAAAUCAAACAAUUAGGCUCAUUUUCUCCUAUUUUAAAUUUGCUCCUUCUUCAAGCUGUGAAACAGAAAGUAUUAAAGUUUACGAUGGUCUCUCAACUAAUUCGCCUCUUCUUGGACAAGUAUGUAACGACACUGAUGCAGUCCCAGUACUUCAAUCAUCUUCAGACAGUGCAACUUUUGUCAUAACAACAAACUCCGUGGCUUUCACACGAAACUUCUUUGUCUUCUAUUACUUCUUUUCACCAGAAACAAAAGUUGAAAAUUGUGGGGGACAAUUAAGUGGUCCCAAUGGGACAUUUACCAGCCCCAACUACCCAGCAUCUUACCCUGAAUUUACAUACUGUGUCUGGCACAUACAAACAGAAAAAAACUCGAAGAUAGAAUUACAGUUCCAGGAUUUUUUCCUGGAACUGGACCAGAACUGCCAAUUUGACUUCACAGCAGUCUACGAUGGCCUCACCACUAACACUGGCUUAAUAGGAAAAGUAUGUGGUCGUGCUCAGCCCAGAUUUGAAUCUUCUUCAAAUGUUAUGACAGUUGUGUUGUCUACAGACUAUGCCAACUCCUACAGAGGAUUUUCUGCUCAGUAUACCAGUAUUCCGCUGCCAGGUCCUGUGGAGCCCAACACAUUACUUACGUGCACUUCAGAUCGCAUGGAAAUUGUUCUGAGCAAGUCUUAUCUGACCUCCCUUGGUUAUAAUGAAACUAACCUGCAGCUGAAUGAUCCAUCUUGCAGUCCAGUUGUAACAGAUUCAGUGAUCUUUUCCUUCCCAUUAGCCAGCUGUGGAACAACUAAAAAGGAUGAAGGUCAGAGCAUCACUUACACCAACAUCGUAACUCUCUCUGCUACUGGCACCAUUAUCACCCGUCAAAAGACCAUAAAGAUUAUUGCAAAAUGCAAAAUGGAAAACAAUUCAACCUUAGAAGUCAUGUACAUAACAAAAAAUAAUAUAAUCCAAAACACAACCGCUGUGGGAAGAUACAACGUUAGCAUGUCAUUCUAUGAUUCGGAUUCAUUCUCCACGCCUGUACAUCAGUUCCCAUAUUAUGUAGACUUGAACCAAACUCUUUUUGCUCAAGUCAGUCUUCAUUCCACUGACCCAAAUCUUUUGGUGUUUGUUGAUACCUGUAUAGCAUCUCCACAACCUGAUUUUGGAUCGCCAACGUAUGACUUAAUCAGAAGCGGCUGCAAUAAAGAUGACACUGUGGUAACCUACCCACCACUUGAACACUACGGAAGAUUCAAAUUUAACGCCUUCAGGUUCCUGCACAGCUUUGCAUCAGUUUACCUCCAGUGUGAUAUUUUAAUUUGUGACAGCAAAAACGCAAACUCUCGCUGUACCGAAGGCUGUCUCUCCAGGCAAAAAAGAGCUAUUUCUUCAUACACUUGGAAAACUAAUACCGUAGUAGGUCCCAUCCGCCUGAAGAGAGAUCUCAGGUCUGCUGAUUACUCAGAAUCCCUCACUAAAGCAGAUGCUGAAGAAACCCCGAACCUGCAACAAUACAGCUUGUACACUCUUUCAUUUCUGGUUUUAAUUUCAAAUAUUAUCAUUGUGGUAGCUGUGAUACUGAAAUAUCACAAACGCCAAGCAGGAUACGGCUACCAAAAAAUCCAGAGCUCAUAUUAA